AUGCGUCAAUUCCAGCAGGUCUCCAUUUCAAAAUGGGAGGACCCCUACGGUAACUCUGCACCAAACACAGUGCAGAACAUAUACGGCACACCAAGUCCACCACCACAACCACAGGGCUAUUACGCCACAGCAAACAUACCUCAACCGCAUAGCUAUUAUGCCGCACAAAGUGCACCACCACCACCGAUAAUUCUUCGCCGUGUAGUGCCAUCACCCCCUACAUUGUCUUAUUCGAUUGGUAGCCAAGGGGCAGGUGAGGAGAACAAGAACAAUAAUAAUCAGCAGAACCAAUUGACAACCAUAGAUGCAGGAGACUCCCCAGCUGCACCACUGGAAUCACCUCCAGUAACAUCAGAUGCCACUGUACAGGCAAAUCCCGAGGGGACUGCCCCCGGACAUCUAUCAGCCCAGGCACCUGCUCUUCAAGGUAGUGAGAGUGACCAUGUGACAGGAGGGAUUGCAGCUAAAUAUGUUAAAGAUGACCCUUCAGGACUACCGCCGCCUCCACCAGCACCAAUAGCUGUUGCCCCUAUUGCGGUUCAAAGAAGCCCACCAGCGACAGCGCCAGUACCAGCACCAGCACCCCCCGUGCAAUACCCUGUGCAAUAUUCAACCCCUCCACCACCAGCACCAGCACCUCCCGUUCAGUAUUCAAGUCCUCCACCACCUCCACCAGAACCAGCACGCGUGCACCCAUCACCUCCGGCAUCAGUUGUGGGGAGUGAGAAGAGUGGUGAGUCCGAGCAGGCCGCUCAAGAGCCCCCCAAAUCCCCUACAACCAAGUUUGUUCAUUUUACCUCUGACACAAAAGACCCAGACGCCACAGAGGAUGGUAAGAAGAAGAAGCCAAUUGGGUUUACUAGAGUCAAAGCUACCGCAUUCGUUCGUCUUAAGAAGUCAUCGACGACUCCCUCUGCACCCCCACCAAAAGAGGAAAAGAGGAAAAUCAUUUCUCCAGAAGGCUUUAUUCGAAGGCGAAGAAGGAGCUCGCUCUUCUCGUCCUCGUCGUCCGAGAAGCUGAAGCCUAGCAAGGAAGAGAGAUCCAGAAGCAGGAAAGGAAGCAAUGAUCCUAGUCCGCCUUCAAGUGAUGCUGGGACAAUCUAUGUACCAUCUGUUCCUUCAUCGGUUAUUUCUGAUAGCGUCAUCGUCGAGGAGACAGCGGCAGAUGUUGCGCGAUCGAUUGUCAGCCAACCUGCCCCACUACCACCACCUCCACCACCUCCUCAACCGAUAGAAGUAGCCCCUGCGCCUGUAGAAACACCGCCCGCCGCAGAAGAGCCUCCUAUCGAAAGCGAACCAGCACCGGCAGCACCUCCUGCAGAAGCUCAAGAACCCGAACCCGAGGAGCCACCACAACCAGACGAACCCGCUCCGCCUGUUCCUGAAGCGCCAUCAUUAGUGUCGGUUGAAUUUGUUGUCGCUGAAGUCGUUCCAUCACUAGACGGGUCAACGAUUGAAGCCACUGACAAAGACGAAAACCAGGCGCCAGAACCAUCAGCAGAAGUCAGUGAAUCGACCAGCGAAGAGGACCAGGUAGCUAGUGAGCCCGCUUCCGAGCCGGCACCGGAGCCAGCGCCGGAGCCAACACCGGAACCGGUGGUCGAGCCAGCACCGGAGCUAGUGGAAGAGCCCGCAGCAGCAGAGCCAGCCCCAGAGCCAGAGCCAGAACCAGCUGCAGAGCCAGUUGCAGAGCCAGUCCCAGAACCAGCCGCAGAACCAGUCGCGGAGCCAGACCAAGCUCCUGCGGUCGAGACUGCUACUACUGAGCCUGAAGCUGAGAUCGCUGUCGAAGUACCAUCUGAACCGCAAGAGGCCGCGGCCGAAGACACAAAGCCCGCCGAAGACGCUACCGCUGGUGAUGAGGCAGACGCAACAUCAGCAGCCCCUGAAGAGGCCGCUGCAGCAGUUGAAGAACAACCUGCUGCGGAAGAAAAGACUGUCACUGAAGAAGAGCCUUCAUCAGAGGAUGCACCUCCUGCGGUCGAAGAGAGCUCUGCCACUGAAGCGACGUCUGCCAACGAGGAAGCGCCGGCUGUUGAAGAAACUCCUGCUGCUACUGCAGAGGAGGCACCUGCAGAGGAACCAGCACCAGCUGUAGAGGAGUCACCAAGUGCGCCAGCAGAUGCUGCUGCCCCAGAAGAGGCGCCAGCUCCAGAAGAGGCACCUGCUUCAGGAGAGGCACCUGCUGUUGAUGAGACUCCCGUGACUGAGGAGGUUCCUGCUAUUGAAGAAACCACUGCUCCUGUCGAGGCACCUGCAGAAGAGGAAACAGCACCCCAAGCUGUGACAGAAGAAGUACCUGCAGCUGAAGAGACACCUUCAAGUGAAGAAAAUCCUGCCAGUGAAGCCCCUCCAGAAGACGCUCCCGUCACUGAAGAGGCUUCAGCUGUCGAAGUAGGCCCUGCCACCGAAGAGGCUCUAGUUACUAAAGAGGCUCCUAUUGAAGCAGCCCCAGUUGUUGAAGGAGUUUCUGUUCAGGAUGCAUCGGCCGAAGCCGCUGCUGCUAAUGCUGCUAUCGCUGCCGCUGCCACUGCCGCCGCCGCUGCCGCCGCUACUGCCGCUACUGCUGCUACUGCCGCAGCUGCAGCUGUUACUGCUGCCGCCGCCGCUGUUACUACUGCUGCCGCCGCUAAUGCUAUUAAGGACGCCUCGGUCACUGAAGAAGCUCCAGUUGUCGAAGAGGCACCCGUUGUCGAAGAGGCAGCUGUCACGGAAGAUGUAGCUGCUGUUGAAGAGACGCCCGUUGUUGAAGAAGCCACUGUUGCUGAAGUACCUGCUACUGCAGAGACUCCAGCCGCUGAGGAAGCUCCCGUUGAAGUAGCCCCCGCUGUUGACGUCCCUGUCACUGAAGAACCUCCUGCUGCCCCUGCUGCUGAAGAAGCACCCACUGUUGAAGUUACUGCUACCGAGGAGACCCCGGCUACCAAAGAGGCUCCAGCUAUCGAGGAGGCCCCCGCUGAUGAAGCUCCUGCCGCUGAGGAAGCUCCUGCUGUCGAAGUAGCUCCUGCUGCUGAGCAAGCUCCUGUCGAAGAGGCACCUACUAUUGAAGAAGUUCCAGCUGUCGAAGAAGCUUCUGUUGAAGAAGUCCCCGCUGUCGAAACCCCUCCUGCUGAAGCUCCAGUUGUCGAAGAUGCCCCUACUACCGAAGAGGCCCCAGCCACUGAAGAGGCCCCUGUCGCUAAGGAAGCACCUACCGUCGAAGAGGCUCCCGUUACUGAGGAUGCUCCAGCCACCGAAGUUGUAGCCACCGAAGAAGCCACCGCUACUGAAGAAACUCCCAUCACCGAAGAAGCCCUUGUUACUGAGGAAGCUUCAACCACCGAAGAAACUCCUGCUAAUUCAAAGAUUGCCACUGUUGAAGAUGUCUCUGACGAUGAAGGAGCUCCUGUUACGGAGAGGACUUCAGCCGCUGAAGAGGUUCCCGCCGCUAAAGCUCCAGUUGUAGAGGUUCCCGCCACUGAGGAAACUUCAGCCACCGAAGAGACUCUUGCUGUUGAAGAAGCGCCUGCGGUUGAAGAAGCGCCUGCGGUUGAAGAAGCGCCUGCGGUUGAGGAAGCCCCUACUGUUGAAGAAGCACCUGCUACGGAAGAAGCGCCUGCUAUAGAAGAAGCGCCUGCUACAGAAGAAGCGCCUGUUACUGAAGCACCUGUUGUUCGGGAGGCUCCAACCGAGGACACUCCUGCUACCGAAGAAGUUCCUCCUGCCGAAGAAACCUUAGCUACAGAGGAUAAUUCGGCCAUUAACGAGACUCCUAUGCCUGGGGGCUUUCCUGAGGAGGCCCCCGCAACGGAGGAAGUUCUUGCUACCGAAAAGGCUGCUGUCCCUGAGGAAGCUCCUGUCACCGAGGAGGCUCUCGCUGCUGAAGAGGCUUCCACAGUAGAGGAGACAGGCCCUUCAACUGUGAUUGAGGAAGCACCCGCCAAAGAAGCCUCCCCUGUUACUGAAGAGGCUUCGACUGUUGCGGAGGCCAAGGAAAUCCCUGCCCCCAAGGCUUCGCCCAUGACAGAAGAAGAAAAGACUAGUGUCGCAGAUGCUACGGUAGAAAGCGAAAGUGAAGCUGCACCUGUAACCCAAUGGUCAAGUGAGGAAAAUGAAGCGGAAGUAAAGUUGCGGUCUGAAGAGGCGAGCACGGAUGCAGUAGUUGAAUCUCAACCUUCCGAACCUCACGCUCCUCAAGACACUAUCGAUACGUCCUCGCCUGAUGAUGCCCCGACCGUCGAAGACACAAACGAAGACGCUGACGGCCACGAUACCAUAGCUGCAGCAGAUGAAGAUGACUCUAUACCUGUUGAGGAAAGUUCAGACGACGAUGAUUCAUCUGUCGAUGAUUGGAUUGCCGAUGGAGAUGGCGGUGAUUGGAUAGCCGAUGGAGAUUCGGAUGGUGAAGAAUCUGACCAAGACAUUUCCGACUGGGAAAAGGAUGAUGUCUCGUCGCAGUGUGAUGCGAUCGAGACGGAUGCAUCUGAACAUCACGAUGGCGAUGGCCCUAGUACUGGGAGGAGCUCGAUCGAGCCAAAGGGUGACGACAUGGAUAAUGUAGAAUCACAGCAGCCGGCGGGGACAGUGGACGUGUUUGCAUUCCAGGAAGAUAGCACGGGUUGCACGGACGAGGUCACAGAGUCUAUUGUCGCCAAAGAUGUGCCCGUUGUGGACAAGACGGUGCCAGAGGCAGAGGUCAUGACACAAGAAGGGUCGACUGGCACACACCAAGCAUAUGUCACGGAUGUUGAUAUUGAAGCAGAAUCGGCAGAGGUUCCUGUCACGGAGGUAGAUGCUGGGAGGGUUAUUGGCGAGCAGGGCAAACAGGAAGAAGCAGUGGGCGGUGAUGGGGCAGGCCAUGGCGAUGGCAACGGUGUCGAGGCAGAAGCAACACCAGAAUGCAGUCCGGGCGGUGAUGCUGUGGGCGCACUAGAGGUUACACCUGUUCUGGACCCUGGUGUCGGUGAGGGAACAUCGGCACAAAGCAAUAUGCUUCCCGAGGCCAGCGAAGCGGCCGUGGAGUCGGGGAAGCCCGAUGACGUGGGAGAGGCGAGGUUGAGAGAGACGAUAGUCGACACCGCUGCCAAUCUUCUACCCAUAGCCGAGGACACACUGGACGAGUCAUGCGCAAUCACCCCGGCUCACGCUACUAGUGAAGUGAGCCCAAAUUCGGCCUCAGAAGAGGCUGGCGUUCAAGCACAAAGUGAUCAACACGCUAUCCAAGACGACCUCCCUAAGCACUCUCCUGACGAGCCACACGUUGCUGAUUCCUCUCCGCAACACACCGACCAAGAUGUUAUAGCAGCAGAUUCAGGAGUAGCAGAAAGCGAAACUAGCCCUGCUCCAGAUAUACCAGCCACUGAGAUAUCCGAAGCGAUCGCUACCAGCCAAGCUUCUCUAGAGGUGUCUGAUCCCCCCGAAGUGGACAUGAAGGCCAACGCAGUCCCAGCAGUCCCAGCACACCAAGAGAAGAUAGCAGAAGAGCCAGAGUCCGACUCGGGAAGCGAACCUGAGUCUGAAGAUGACGACUGGUCUGGGUCUGAAGUUUCAUCCCUACCACCUGCCGACGAUGUCUCGCAGGUUGAUGAUGACACACCCAGCUCUGAACCUGCACAUGAUGUGAACGACAAAGUCCAAGAUGCCGCCCUGGAGCAAAAGGCUCCUGUAACGGCUGACAAGCCCGAUGCACCAUUAGAGGACCAAGCCCAGGAUGACGAUGACGUCGACGAUGGUCCCGAUGGCUCAGGCUCAGAGGUGUCAGCAGCGGCCGGGCCUGAAGAAAGCGAAUCCGGGAUCGCGGAAGACGUGAGCCAAUCUGGAAUCGAAGAAGACGGUUCGACCCAUGAGCCACCCGCGGACCCUUUGCCAACUGAGGAUCCCGACCCGCAAGGCUCUGAAGUUGGCCCAGAAAGUGUUGCCAAAAGCGUUGCCGAUGGCCCUGCUGAAGGAGACUCCAUUGUAUCUUCAGAAGGCUCCGAAGGCGCUGAGGAAGAGCCUGCUGCGGAUGCAACAGUGCCCGAGUCACAAAAUGCGCCCGAGCCAAAAGAUGUGCCUGAGCCGACACAUGCGCCUGAACCGGCAGAAGAAGAUGCCGAGGAUGCCGCCGAAGAGGAUGCUGAGGACGCCGAAGAUGACGAUUGGGAUGGCUCCUCUUCAGCGAGUGAGUCUGGAAGUGAGGCUGAAGCUGACGAAGCCGAGGAGCAACCAGAGGCUGCGGCUGAAGCACCCGAGGAUGACACUAUCUCGACUGUAGAUGCAGAGGUAGGAGCUGAUGCCGCUGCAUCUGAAGCGGAAGUCCAGGUGAUUGAGCCGGCCGCGGAUGUGGAAUCUCAUGCAUCUGGUCCGGAAGAAGGCUCUGCAAGUGUUGCAGAGCUGGAGGAGGCUCAGGAACCCGACACUUCCGUACCAAUCGCUGAAGAGGCUGCGACAGUCGACGCAACCGCCGAUGCUGACGAGGCUCUCAAGGAGCAGGUGGAUGACAGCCUGGUGGAUGAUAGCCUAGUGGAGAAUAGCCUUGUGGAGAGUGAAGAUGCUGAUCCAGCUCCGGCUGAUGCACCAGAGGAGGUUGAGACUGCACCACCAACUGAAGUCGGCACAGCAGAGCCGCCUUCAGACGGGUCAGAUAUAGCAUCGGGAGAAAGUGAAGUAUCGGUAGAGGAGGAUGGCGAAGCAGAGGAAGUGCCCGCAGACGACACCCUAACCACGGAAGAUGCUGACGCGGCGGAAGACGAACCCUCAGAGGUACUGUCUGAGCUGGCUGAGUCAGCUGUAGAAGAGAGUGUUGUCGAGGAACAAGCACCUCCUGCUGAAGACGCUACUCCACAGCCAGAUGUUGAACCAGUUGCUGAACCAGUUGCUGAAUCGGUUGUGGAAUCGGUUGUGGAAUCGGUUGUGGAAUCAGUCGCGGAAUCAGUCGCGGAAUCAGUCGCAGAGCCAGUCGAUGAGCCAGUCGAUGAGCCAGUCGAUGAGCCAGUCGAUGAGCCAGUCGAUGAGCCAGUCGAUGAGCCAGUCGAUGAGCCUGUCGCUGAAUCGGUCGUUGAGCCUGUCGUUGAAUCGGUCGUUGAACCAGUUGCUGAGCCAGUUGCUGAAUCGGUCGCUGAAUCGGUCGCGGAAUCAGUAGCUGAACCAAUCGCUGAACCAGUCGAAAUUCCAGCAGAAGCCGAGCCUGAAGAAGAAGAGUCUCCCACAGUGUCCGAGGUAGAGGUCGAAGAAGAAUCACAGUCAGAGGCUGCAACCGAGUCUGUACUUGCAGAGGAUCCUGCUCCACCAGAGGAGCCAGAACCUGCACCGGCACCCGAGCCAGAAGCCGAGGAACCCGCGCCUAUCGAAGCAGAGGCAGAACCAGAGGUAGAGCCAGAAGCGGUGCCAGAACCUGUGCCAGAACCAGAGGCUGAGCCAGACCCUGUGCCUGAGCCAGCUGUGGAGCCAGAACCCGAGCCAGCUGUGGAGCCUGAGCCUGAGCCACCGGCGGAGCCCGCAUCUGAACCGCCAGCGGAGCCUGGGCCAGAACCACCAGCGGAUCCCGAGCCUGAGUCCCCAGUGGAACUCGAACCCGAACCUCUAGUGGAGGUUAUAUCAGAGCCACCAAUGGAGCCAGAACCCGAGCCACCAGUGGAGCCUGAGCCUGAACCACCGGUGGAGCCAGCACCCGAGCCGCCCGCAGAGCCAGAGCCAGAGCUGGAGCCCGAACCAGAGCCUGAACCACAGAUUGACCCGGUUGUAUUGGUAGGGGGGGUAGCCAAUGAAGGAACCACGGAGAAUAUUGCCCCUGUAGACAGGUCCUUCGACUUCAGCCAAAGUCCCACUCGACCACCACCGCCUAUUCCUGUUGAUGAUUACAGAGAGCGUGACAUCGCAAUUGACGAUGAACUUUCAGCGGAGCCUCCUGUCCGCGAGAAGACACGUCGGAGGCACUCGCAUGCUCAUCGUGACGGCUACCAUCACUCGAGUCGUAGGCGUGAAAGUGAUGCUAGUUACAGGGAGCGCCCGAUCAUGGCUGUACCAGACCCUUCCAGUAUGCCAAAGACCAAGCGUCGCGACAGCAUGAACGAACGCGAAGCUGAGCGGAGAAGGGAAAGACUACGUGAGGCUGAGAGAACCAGUAGCAGUAGCGACAGAGAGAAAGCCUAUCCAGAGUAUCGGCCCCACCGCCGCGAUAGUAGGAGCGACGAGAGACACCCUAAACGUCGCCCCGUUGAGGAGAAGGAAGAUGAAGCCGAGAAACUCAGGCGACGUGAAGCUCGGAGGGCUGAAAAAGAACGACUUGCUGCUGCGGAUGCUGCUCGGCUCAAAGCUGAAGAAGAAGCUAGAAAACUGGAGCAUCGUGAACGACGCCGUGCAGCAAAGCGAGCAGAGGAAGAAUACAUCAGAGCUCAGGAGGAACGUCGAAGGCUUAAAGAAGAGAAAAGACAGGCCAUUGAAGACGAGGAACGACGAAUUCGACACGAAAAAAGACGACAAAGGCACGAAGCCGAGAAGGAAGCGAAACGUUUGGAGCUGGAGAAAUUGGAACAGGCUGCACGUGAUGACGAAGAGGCCAAGAGAGUUCGACGACAGAAGAGGGCGGAGCGGGAAGCAGCUAAACUAGCAGCAGCGCUUCAAGAAGAUCUCAUCGAGCCACCCCGCGACACUGCUCGACGUGCUGCAGAGGACUAUGAUGAGCAACUGCCACCCCCUCCUCUACCACCUGUCGUUGACGAGACGCCACGCAGUGCACCACCACGAAGACGACUGAGCAUCCGAGACACUCCACCAAGUGGAAAGCGUGGUGGUAUUUUUGGAGGUAUCUUUGGUCGCUCGAAGACGGAAGCUGCUCCACCUGUACUAAAACCCACCCGGUCAACCCGCGCGCGUGCAAACACGUUAGAUGGUCCCGUCAAAGUUCCAAGGAGAGAAUUCGAGCCAGAGAGUUCUCCGAGCAGGGACAUCUCAUCCAACAAUGAGAGCCGAGACCGAGGCGAACGCGCACAUCGUAGUCGACGUUAUUCACACCAGCGCCGCCAAUUCGGAUCACCUGAAGAAGAGGCCGAGUACUACAGGUGGAAAGAAGAACGGCGUUAUAUGCGCCGUCCAGAACACGAAGUGUCUGGUGGUAGGGAAUUUGGAGUUACUUUUGCAUCGCCAAUUGUUGACCUUCCUCCGCCCCCACCUAAACCUUUUGAAUACGACCUCGACGAUGAGGCAAUCGAUGAUGCGGAAUCACCUAUCAUCGAGGAUGCAGCUGCAGUGGUUGGCGUAGCCUCUUACUCGGACGAGGAACGACGCGAACGUCGUCGAAGUCGGCGCAUGUCCAAGCCAGAAGAACGUCCCAAGGCACGCCGCAUCUCCGUCACUGAGAAGGAGCGCCCUUCUGGUCGUCGCCCCGAGGCCGACCGGCCACGAACUCGCGACCGCGGAGAUGACCGCCCACGUGUAAAGAGAGGCGAGAAUGAGCGCCGUGACAGAAGAAAGAAGGAAGAGUCGAGCGGUCUCAAGGGACUGUUUGGAGGGCUCAAGAAGAGGAUUGCUUAG